UAGUGCCUUAAACCACCCAACAAAGCAAAAGGCCUUCUUUUUCUUCUUCUUCUUCUUCUUCUUCUUCAAUAAUCAUUAUGGCUCACUCUUAUUCUAGCUCAGCAAUUCUAACUACCACAAUUAAGUUCUGCCUCUUAUUCUCACUUCUUUUGGGGAUGGUCUCAGCUCAGUUGUCCCCUACUUUCUAUGCAACAUCAUGCCCUAAUGCCCUUUCCACCAUUAAUUCAGCUGUAAACUCCGCAGUUUCAAGUGAGAAACGCAUGGGAGCAUCCUUGCUCCGUCUUCACUUUCAUGAUUGCUUUGUUAAUGGGUGUGAUGCAUCAGUUCUCUUAGACGACAAUUCAACUUUCACCGGAGAGAAAACAGCGGGUCCCAACAAUAAUUCACUAAGGGGAUUUGAUGUAGUAGACACUAUCAAAUCUCAAUUGGAAAAAAAUUGCCCUGGUGUUGUGUCUUGUGCUGACAUUUUAGCCGUUGCUGCGAGAGAUUCCGUUGUUGCACUAGGUGGGACUAAUUGGACAGUUCAAUUGGGUAGAAGAGACUCUACCACCGCAAGUUUAAGUGCUGCUAAUUCCAACAUCCCUGCUCCAACAUUGAAUCUUAGUGGCCUUCUCAGUGCCUUCUCAAACAAAGGUUUCACUGCCAAAGAAUUGGUGGCCCUAUCAGGAUCUCACACAAUAGGCCAAGCAAGGUGCACAGUUUUCCGAACCAGGAUUUACAAUGAAACAAACAUAGAUUCCUCAUUUGCAACUUCAUUGAAAUCGAACUGUCCAAGCACUGGUGGUGACAACAAUCUUGCCCCUCUAGACUUGACUAGUCCAACAUCUUUUGACAAUGCUUACUUCAAGAAUUUGAUAAGCAACAAGGGUCUCUUGCACUCAGACCAACAACUCUUUAAUGGGGGUUCCACAGAUUCACAAGUUAAUGCUUACAGCUCCAACUCCGCAAGCUUUCUAACAGACUUUGCAAAUGCAAUGGUGAAGAUGGGGAACCUUAGCCCACUCACAGGCACAAGCGGCCAAAUUAGGACAAAUUGUAGAAAAGCCAACUAAGUUAAGUCAAUGGAGUGUGCCUUUUUGAGGAUUCAUUUCAUUGUUGUCGCUGUUACUAGUAAACAAAAUUUUUCAUAGUCAUUGAUGUGAGAUGUUAUAGUUGAUGUAUAAUAAAAAUUGUGAAAAUUUUUGAAUAUGUAUUAUUGUUAUAUCAAAUAUAUAGACAUUUGUUCAACUUGAAA